AUCUGGUUCGUUCAUUGUGAUGGCCAUCAAAUUCAUGUACCGACUUCAAUACUUUUACGGACUGCCACUAAUUGUUCUUUCCAUCUCUUGAUUUUCUACUCAUGGGGGCGAAUUCGAAGGUGUGCAGCAAAAGUCAGUUAUCUAAAGAUUUGGCCAGCACGGAACAACGUGAGUUGUUCCAAAUGCAGUUGUUGGGUUGGAGUGACCGAAAUGCUCUUCUUGCUGCACUCGCAAAGCCUGCUAUUGUUUCCCGUCAGCCAGCAGCUCGGACUGUCUCCAGACCAAUCGACAGGCUCAUACCUCACCACCGUGGGCUGGAACCACUGAAGGAAUUUAAAUUCUACCCCUACGUCGAUCCUGGAGCGUACAUUAUCCAGUAUCGUCGUGAUUGCUCCUCCGUUUCCACUCCGGACGGAAGACAAGGACCUCUGGAAAUGUUUGCACUCAUUGGUGGAUGUGCACAAGAUCGGCAGACGGUAGACGUUGUGGAUUCGGAAAAUGGCCCAACGGAGACAACUGUACAAUUACCCUCAGUGUCCAAAGGAGAUGAGAAUAUCAAUGGUUCUUCCGUGUCAUGUGCUACACACUUUGAAUCACUGGACACUGUUUCGGAGCCACCACUUCAGAACGAACCACCACUUGCUUCGUGCGGUAUGGAGACAGCUCAAGCUGAUACCAUCGCUGAGAUACACUCUCCCACUGUCUUGUCUGCCCCACGGUCUUGUGGCCACACUCGUGCAGUCCGCCCCACUAGACGGGACAAUCAGUUUUCUGAGUCGCAGCUCGCACAUCAGAAGAAACCUUAUGGAGGGCUUAGGUACGGCGCUUCAGUUGCACCAGCGAUUGUCACAAAAUAUACACCAAACCAGAAGGAUGUUGGAAAAUAUCUUUUUCUCACCGGUACAAAUGUGGCAAUGCGACAGAAUGCCUUGCGUCACGAUGCUCUGAUGAGCUUGGUUCUCUCCACCACGGCGAACACGUCAAGAACUGCAGAAGAAUCGUGUCGCAAAACCCGUUCUUCUGGGUUGAACAAAGGUUUGACUGCCACGUAUCUUCAGCCGCUUGUUUCACGAAGUCAUGUGGCUCAACCUAAGCUGCGCCGGAAUUGUCCUGGUCCGAAAAUUAAAGGGGGAAAAGUGAAGGAUUUGACAGCACCCAAACAAACCAACAUGUCAAACUCAUCUUUGCCUCUUAACGUGCGUGAUGCUGCUGAUCCGAAUUUCGCCGAAGUGCUCUUCGUCAAACUGCUUCAGGUGGAACAGUGCCAGAGACGCCAGAACUCACUGGGUGCCCUCGACAUUCCAAAGUCCGAAGCCGCUAGCCCUCUGGAGCAAUUUGAGCGAGUCCACUCUUCCGCUAUUCCCGCAGAUGCUAUGGACACUUAUCAGUUGGGUCUUCGGAAAAGCGCCGAACGAGAUUCGUUUAACGCUACUGUGAUGUGA